GUACAGUUAGACGCAUUUCUGGUUUCCCUCAAAUUCCUUUCCAGCUGUUCCAGUUAAUUGGCACCGCGAACUGGAGCCAGAUCUAGGGCUUCGGGCUAUGUGGUCUCAGGUCGAUUUUCCGAGGAAGAUUUGAAAGCGGUGAUCUUAGGGCUCAGGAUCUGGUUUUGUGGUGUCGCGGAUUCGAAAUCGAAGGUAAAUUUCGCCGUGCGAACACGAAUUUUGAAGGUUUAUUGAGAGGACAACAGUUUUUGUUUGGAGAAUAGAGCGAGUGUUUGAGCGAGAUCAAAUUGAAGACUGCAGAGGGAAGGGGGCGUCGCUUAAUUGGUUCAGAUCUGCGGUUGAUUCGCUGUUCGAGAUCCAGUAUUCGAGGAUUCAAGCAGGUUUUGCAAUUGGAGGUGUUUAUUAGGCCGUUUAGAUUUCUCAAUUAGAUUCCGAAAAUGCCUGUCAAACCUGCCAAUUCGUCCUUUCGGGAUCGGACUCAGGAGUUUCUGAGCGUAGCGGAGAGGUUAAAGAAGUCAUUUUCGUCGGAGCAGAAUGGGCCUAGUAGCAGUAGCAAUUCCAGUUCACGAUCACAGGAUCAGCGGGCAGCUGUUGCUAUGCAGUCGGAGUUCAACAAGAGGGCGUCCAGAAUUGGGUUUGGGAUACAUCAGACGUCCCAGAAGCUUUCCAAACUGGCAAAAUUGGCAAAGAGGACAUCUGUUUUUGAUGAUCCCACCAUGGAAAUUCAGGAGCUGACUGCAGUUAUCAAGCAGGAUAUCACUGCGCUCAACUCAGCUGUUGUGGACCUUCAGUUUGUUUGCAACUCCAGAAAUGAAAGUGGGAACAGUGACACAAGCAGUCAUUCAAUUACAGUUGUAGAUGACUUAAAGAACCGCCUGAUGAGCACUACUAAUGAGUUCAAAGAAGUCCUCACCAUGCGCACAGAGAAUUUGAAAGUUCAUGAGAAUAGGAGACAGUUGUUUUCUUCUACUGCUUCCAAGGAUUCUACAAAUCCUUUUGUCCGUCAACGUCCAAUUGCUGCAAGAUCGGCCGCAAAUACAUCAGCUGCUCCUCCUCCCCCCUGGGCUAAUGACUCACCAUCUUCAUCCCAAUUAUUCCCUGGUGGGAAGCAAAUGGAUGAGACUCGGCCAUUGCUACAGCAGCAGAAUCAACAGCAGCAACAGUUGUCGGCUCCUUUACAAGACAGUUACAUGCAGAGUAGGGCUGAAGCUCUUCAAAAUGUGGAGUCAACCAUUCAUGAGCUGAGUAACAUCUUCAAUCAGUUGGCAACCUUGGUUUCUCAGCAAGGAGAAAUUGCCAUAAGGAUCGAUGAAAACAUGGACGACACAUUGGCAAAUGUGGAGGGCGCGCAAGGGGCUCUGCUCAAAUAUCUCAACAGCAUCUCAUCCAAUAGGUGGCUGAUGAUCAAGAUCUUCUUUGUACUGAUUUUCUUCCUCAUGGUUUUCCUAUUUUUUGUGGCAUAGGUAAAAUGGGAUUAUAAAGAGAGAGAGAGAGAGAGAGACGAAGGUCGGUCCUGUAAUUUUACUUGACUUGCCAAGAGCCCUAUAUUAUAUUCGUUCUAAUUCCCACCCUCCCUCCCCCCAUGAAUGUAUUUGUUUGAUUCUUAAGUCAGCCAGCAGCCAACUAAGUAGUGUCCAAAUUUUGUGUGGAAACUUUUGUAUAUGGAGAAUGCAAAUACCAUUGGAAGUGAGUUUGUCAUGUUGCAGCCUCCCUUCCUUUUGGUGUAAUAACUAAUAAGUACUCCUUGCUCUUUCAA